UCACGAACUUUUAUCCAUCCCUAUAUAACCACCGCAUGAGCCAGAAAAACGCCGAUCGAAAUCGUAGCCACCCCAAAUUCCGAUCUACUGCAGCAUCAACCAUGAUGCUCCACCGCCGUCCCAUCGAUGUUGGCUGCCGCACCAUAGCCAUUCUGUGCCUAAUCCUCGUUUACCCCCGGUGCGGCGCUCAGCCGGCCCCAGACCAGAGCCCCAAAUAUUCUGGUUGCACAAACCCUAACAAUUUCAGGCCUUCCACGGUCACUGUCAUUUUCGGUCUCAUCACCGCCUUCAUAUUCCUCGCUUACUUCUGCCUCUACGUUCGCCAGUGCGCUCGCCAAGCCGCCGAUCAACGUGACGAAGUCGGGGUCGGAUCGGCGGUGGGGUUAAGUCUAGACAUUCUCAAUUCUUUCCCGACGAUGCCGUACACUGAGGCGAAGGCGCUCAAGUUGGGACACGGCGAUCUGGAGUGCGCGGUUUGCCUCAUGGAAUUCGAGGACGACGAGGACCUCCGAAUGCUCCCAGGAUGCUGCCACGUGUUCCAUCCGGACUGCGUCGACGCCUGGCUCGCAUCCCACGUGACGUGCCCCGUUUGCCGCUCCGACCUGGCCACCGCCGCCGCUCUCGAAUCGCCGAUGCCCCCUGCUUCAUCCCCUGCUCCUCCAAUUCCAGAAUCGCCUCCGGAUGCUGUGAUUCUCGUCGUCGACCGAGAUCGGGCGCCAGAGGAAGACGACGCGACCGAAUUGACCCGGAUCGGGAUCGAGAGGCGGGAGGCACGGUCUAGGCGGGGACGGCGGCCUUCGAAGCUCCCGCGAUCGCACACGACGGGACACUCUUUGGUGAAGCUCGGUCUGGAGGCGGUCGGCGACCGUUACACGCUGCGGUUGCCGGAGCACAUACGUCGGGAGAUCUUCGCUGCCCGGAAAUUCCAUCGGUCGACCAGUUGCGUCGCUUUCCCGGUGGCCGAGGAGGGGAGCUCGCGGGCGGGUUACAGCAGCGGCGCUGGAGGGGAAGGAAGCAGCCGUGGGGUGCGAAGUUGGAUCUUGGGGAAAUCGGAUCGGUGGCCGUCCUUAUUCAGAACCCUUUACGUGCCGUGGAAGAGAGGCGAUGACGACGCGUCAGCGAAGAAGACGGAGACAGAGGUGGAGGCAGAGGGAGAAAGACCUCAAGAACCAGGUUCGGCGGCAUGAGGCCUUAAUUUCGAUUUCCUUGCCUCAAGCGCCGGUGGUGCUGGCGGCGCUAAGGGGGAUGUGCAUGGCUACCAGCGCCGUCCACCGCCGUGAGCUAGCGGCGGCUUCGAACCGAGACAGUAUAUAGCUAGGCUGCGUAUUCUUUGUCUGUUGCUUCUUGUAACCUAAUAAAUAAUAUCAACAAUUUUGAAAAUGCUGUUACCGUCCGUUUGGGAGGAGAUCGGGGAAGGCAAGGGUAAACAGCGGCAAUGUAACUUUUAAUUUUGUU